UUUCUGGGGGGAAUCAUUUUGGAGCUGGACCCUCAAAGUCCCCAAACAAACAAAGUUCCGUUCAGUUCGUUGUUAAAGUGCUAACGUUUCGCCGCGCGGGGACGUGAAACGUCGAUCUCGACGUGUGAACGUGUCAUUAAACUGAACACCUGUGACAGGUACGAACUCUUCAGCCGCGGUGACCGAGGGGAGUCACCGCGGGAAACGAUGACAUUGACCCCAGAGAACAGUGAUGGCUGACAGACCCACAGGAGAGGAAGUCAUCUUCCCGCCCUGUGACCUUCGUUUCUACGUUGACAGCUCCGUCAGAUGACGGAGUCUUGUUGCUGUUGGUGACCGAGUCACGAGGAGCUGAAACGAUGGUGUUACUGUCGGUCGGUCUUUUCCGGAGCGGCCGCUUCUGUUCUCACCUGACGCGACACGAGCAGGUGUGUGCGCGCGCUGGCUUCACCUGGAAGAAGACGCAGGCCGUGUCCUGUGGGAACAUCGGUCACAGAGCUGGGAACUCCCUCCACCUCAGAGCCGCUCCGUCGGCACCACGUCUGUUGUUCUGUGGCCGUGGACCGAAGCCGUGUUUCCAGAUCAGCCCCAAAACCGCUUCACCUCUGCGCUCCGGUCCGGUCCAGACCCGGUUCCUCCACACCUCGGCCCCCCUGAGGGCCCUGCCUGCUCCCUUCAUAUGGAUGGUGCUGAAGCCUCUGCAGAAGCUCGUGGCCAUCAUACUGGGCAGGAGUUUAAGGAAGUGGUGGGUGGCUCUACCAGACAACCGCCGGCAGCUCAUGCGUCAAUGGGCCUGGCAGCGCCGCUGGCCUCUGGCAGCGGGGGCAGGUGUUGCCAUGGUGAUCGCAGCUCUCCUUCUCCUGACCCACCUGGAUGAGUCCCCGGUGACGGGACGGACACGCCUCCUGGUGUUCAGCAGAGAGAACUACAUGGAGCUGGCUGCUCUGACUUCACAGGCUUACAUGGAGGAGUUUGCAGAGCUGCUGGUUCCCGUCACUGACCCCCGGCACAAGGUGGUGGAGCGGGUGGUGCAGCAUCUGGCUCAGAGGAACAAGGACAUCCCUGAAAUGUCCGAUGUCACAUGGAGCGUCCAUGUGGUGCAAAGUCCCAACGUCAACGCCUUCGUCCUCCCGAACGGGGAAGUGUUCAUGUUUACGGGGAUGCUGGACGCUGUGGCCGACAUCCACCAGCUCACCUUCGUCCUGGGACACGAGAUGGCUCAUGCGUUACUGGGACACUCUGCUGAAGAGGCCAGUCUGUCUCACGUCGUGGACCUCCUGUCCCUGAUUCUGCUGACGGCCAUCUGGGCCGUGUGUCCUAGAGACAGCCUGGCGCUGCUGGGACAAUGGGUACAGGAAAAGCUCAAAGAGCUGAUGUUCAACCGACCCUACAGUCGCAAACUCGAGGCCGAGGCCGACAGAGUUGGAUUGCACUUGGCUGCUAAGGCGUGUGCAGAUGUGCGAGCGAGCCCCGUUUUCUGGCAGCGAAUGGAGCUGAUAGAGCAGCUGACGGGAGAAUCCGCCCAGUCCGAGUGGCUGUCCACACACCCGUCACACAGGAACAGGUUCGCUCAGCUGGACGGCCUCGUACCACAGGCUCUGGAGUUGAGGGAAAGUUGCGUCUGUCCCGCUCUACCUGCUGCUGACCCUCGUGUUGUCUUCUCCAAGGUCGUCCAGGUGUUGAUGCAAAACGCCAAGGACCAGGGGAGAGGAGGGUCACAGGUGGCGAGCAAGCCCCACCUGCCCCACAGCCCCGCCUCCCUCCCCGCUCCGCUAUCUGCGGCUCUGCUCGCCCAGACUGCACCUCCUCCUUCCCCAAGCGUGGAUCAAGAGAGCGGCGGUCCAGUCCCGGAUGUAGCUUCAGCCCCCGUCCCCGCUCCCACUGAGGGCGUCGGACCGCAGGUCGGGGUGCAGACCGGCUGACGGGGGCGUUGAAUCCUCACAAACUUUAGCAGCUUUUCACUGACUGGACCGGACUGAAUCAUUGACGUGUCGGGGCUCUGAGGUCGGUGCACAGGUGGUAGAUGGGUUGCAGAGAUUCCUGACGCUGCUCUCCUACUGGUUGUCCAGGGUGCCAGCAAAAUGGAGGGUGGAGCUGGGGGUGAUGGUGUGAAAAGGAGCGGCUGUGGUCAUUUUAAAUCAGGAGUCAACGCCCUCUGACCUUUCCCUCUACUGCAACACCCUGAUGACGAACUUCAGAGAAUGUUUUCCAUGGCCAGUGACUGCAAAGAUGCCACAUUAAUUAGAUAACCUCCAACAGGGAAAUGCUGAAUUAAUUAGUAAAGCUUCCAUACGUCGCAAGAUUAAUAUGUGCAUUAUUCAUCGACAUGCGGCAGCAGAUGAGAGGAAGUGUGUGUGUGUUGGAGGGUGUGUCCAUGACGGGCGGAGGACAUCUACAUUCUCAUUACUACUUUCUCAUGCCACACACACACACACACACACACACACACACACACACACACACACACACACACACACACACACACACACACACACACACACACCCUCCAGCCUGAGGGACAUAAUUGUGUGAAUUUAUGCCGUGUUGUUUACAGGUUUUAAAACAGCCUUCUGCACAGGAAUGCCAAUAUCCUCCGUCAAGCUCUGAGAAAUCUUUCAUGGGAUUUUGUAAAAUCUUAUUUAACAGGGCAAGUUGACUGAGAAAACAUUCUUAUUUACAGCAACAACAGCUUGCAGGAGCAGCAACAAAAUGAGGGGGGGCGGUUAUGGUUCAUAUCUUGGUAAUCUUUUGUGUGUGUGUGUGUACUGAAACAAACACACCUGGUUGUGUUGUGAAAUCAAAAAGCUACUCCUGUGUUUUCAUUUGGGAUAAAUGAUUUUAUUUGUGUGGAGCUGAAGCUGUAUCAGCUUCUCUCUGUUUUCCUGCAAACAGGGAAGGUUUAUAUUAGAGUCUGCGUCUGCUGCAUUACAGUAAGUGGCCAGUGAUUGGUUUUGUGCAAAACAGUGCAAUGAAAAGCCAAAGUAAUAUUGGUUUUUCAUAUCAGCAUCUCAGCAGAAAUGUGCUCAGUUUGCAAGUGGCAGGUAAAAAAAAUAAAAACUUUGGAAGAAAUAAAAAA